CAAAAUGAAUAUCAGAGACAACAAAGCAAAGUAUUCUGUUCUGCUUUGACUGAGAGAGAAUGACCGUGAUUUCGAGACUAAAGCAACUUUAGCAGAAGUCUCUCAACAAAGCCACGGCUUCAUCUUGACACAAACCUCUCUGAGCUCUGGUUAGUCAAUGGGCUCUGUCAGGAGAUAAGUGGCCCAUCUCUCCACUCUGAGAAUGUUAAAUGCUCUUGAAUCUUUACAUUGUAAUAGGUCUACUUACCCCCCCCCCUAAGUUAAGAGGUUGGUACUGAGUUUCUCAGACGAUGAAACCAAAGGAUCCCUGACUUCCAGUAGUAUGAAUAAGCAGUGUUUGUGAUGGGAAACUGCGAGCUUUAUGAAAGCCAUAAAAGGCUGGAGUCGUCUGCCAGUCAAUGUCAGAAAUAAUCUAGGCAUUUAUCUGAAGCAAAGGUUAGGCUAUUAUGUGAAACAUAGACAUGUGCAGCACGUGACCUCUCUAUAAAUAUGUUUUAGUUUGUCAGUUCCCUGCUAUAUAGUUGCCAAGAUGACUUCCAGGAGAUGGAACAGAAACGUGGCACCAAUACCUCUGCUCUAGAGAAAGACAUUGGUCCGGAGCAGUUCCCAAUCAACGAACACUACUUUGGAUUGGUCAACUUUGGGAACACUUGUUACUGUAACUCGGUGCUUCAGGCCCUGUACUUCUGCCGGCCCUUCCGGGAGAACGUGCUGGCCUACAAGGCCCAGCAGAAGAAGAAGGAGAACCUGCUCACGUGUCUGGCAGACCUCUUCCACAGCAUCGCCACCCAGAAGAAAAAGGUGGGAGUCAUCCCGCCCAAGAAGUUAAUCUCACGCCUGCGCAAGGAGAAUGACCUGUUUGAUAACUACAUGCAGCAGGACGCCCAUGAGUUCCUCAACUACCUGCUGAACACGGUGGCAGACAUCCUGCUGGAGGAGAAGAAGCUGAACGCGGUGGCAGACAUCCUGCUGAAGGAGAAGAAGCUGAACACGGUGGCAGACAUCCUGCUGAAGGAGAAGAAGCUGAACACGGUGGCAGACAUCCUGCUGGAGAAGAAGCUGAACACUGUGGCAGACAUCCUGCUGGAGGAGAAGAAGCUGAACACGGUGGCAGACAUCCUGCUGGAGGAGAAGAAGCUGAACACUGUGGCAGACAUCCUGCUGGAGGAGAAGAAGCUGAACACGGUGGCAAACAUCCUGCUGAAGGAGAAGAAGCAGGAGAAGCAGAACGGACGCCUCAAGAACAACGGAACGGCCAUCACCACGGAGACCGGGCUCGAGAACAAGACCAUGGAGCCCACCUGGGUGCAUGACAUCUUCCAGGGCACGUUGACCAAUGAGACACGCUGCCUGUGAGACGGUGAGUCCAUCAGGGCCAUUGUUUCUGUGGUAGUGGGUUUUAUGUUCUCUGAUAGUGGUCCUAAUUCCACUAAGUCAUAUGAGACAUAAACACUUAUGUAAGAAUACUUUAUUGAUUCAUUUUCCUUACAGUCCACAAAAAUGUGUGUCUUGCUCUUUUACUCAACCCCCAAGAUCCUACCUCAGCAGUGUUGGUAAUGCUUUGUCAGUACCCUACCAAUCCAUCUGUUCCUGUGAGUCCCUGUGAGUGUUGUCUCUGUCCUUACUCCCUGCGUCCCACAGAGGGAUUAGCUCUGUCUGUAAUGAAGAAGGAGAUGAGGAGAUUGUGAGCUGAGCUCUGACAGAGAUCCUCCAAGCUGUGUCACCGGGCUCCCAUUAUGCCACUCUCAGAGCAGGAGACAGGAGGGAAGAAGGCAGAGAUUGGCCCCGUAAACAGUCGUCUUCAUCACGCUACAGGCACUCAGCUUCUCACUGAUACAUCCUUACAACCCUAUCACAACACAUCAAAGAGACCUGCUCUCUCAUCUCGUGUACCAGCGUGUGAGCAGGCAUCGGAGCAGGGCAGCAUCAAUUCAUCUCAUCUCUGUCUGUCUCUCCCUGUCUCUGUGUAUGUGGCAGGUCAGCAGCAAAGAUGAGGACUUUCUGGAUCUUUCUGUGGACGUAGAGCAGAAUACAUCAAUAACACACUGUCUCAGAGGCACGGCCCAGAGUGCUUGCAGAAGAUGAGACAUUUGGGAUGGAGUUAAUGUUGACCUGAUGAGUGAUGAGGAGUAUGGCCUGCAAAUGGCAAACCAGUGUGGUUUGUCAAGCCCCUCCCUACUUCCAGAGUGAGGUGCUCUCUGCCCUUUGUGAAGAACUGCAGUGCCGCUUGGAGAGGGACCAGUGCCGCUUGGAGAGGGACCGGCGCUACUUGGAGAGAGACCAGAGCCGCUUGGAGAGGGACCAGUGAACUACUUGGAGAGGGACCAGUGCCGCUUGGAGAGGGACCGGAGCUACUUGGAGAGGGACCGGAGCUACUUGGAGAGGGACCGGAGCUACUUGGAGAGGGGCCGGAGCUACUUGGAGAGGGACCAGAGCUACUUGGAGAGGGACCAGAGCUACUUGGAGAGCCACACGGAUCAUGGCAGGGGAGUAUUCAUCAAAACAACCUAGAUCCCAUGGACCCCUCAACACUAUAGCACCCCAGUAACCCCAAUGGAGGCUCGCCUUGGGCCAAGCUGGAUGACGUCUGUCAUUACUGUGCUUGAUUAUUUUUUAAACACUUUUGUUUGUCUUAGAAUUUUGAAUAGACUUCAUAUUUACUUUAGUACUGGCAGGAGUCAUCCAGCUUGGCCCAGAUUGAGCCUCCAUGGGGGUUACUUCAGUUUCAGGCUCUGCUUAGUCUAUUACCCGCCUUCCCCUGCUCUACUGAAAUUAAUUAUCAUCCUCCAAGAAGUGAUUAAGUGGAUUUGUGUGUUUUAUUCAAGGAACUAAGAGAUACUUAGUGAUAGUAUAGUUUACAGUAUGGGAGAGACGUGGGCGAACAUGAACAGAGAUGUCAAACGUGCACUGGAAUUUCAAGAUGUCCUGGUACGUGGGUGAAUGUGUGUGGUCGUUUCAGGGGAUUUACUGAACCGUUUCCGGAGAUAUACAUGCCAGUGCAUGUCCACGCACAAAAGUGGUCUGUUAUCAGAUGGGGAGAAGUCUGUCCAUAAUAAAGCGCUGCUCUGCAUUCUUAACCACACUAUCAACAAGGCAGGUCUUACAGGCCCUGGUUUUGUCACACCUGGACUACUGGUCAGGUGCCACAAAGAGGGACUUGGAAAAUUUGCAGUUGGCUCAAAACAGGGCAGCACGGCUAUCCCUUAAAAGUACACAGAGAGCUAACAUUAAUGACAUGCAUGUCAGUUUCUAAUGGCUCAAAGUGGAAGAGAGAUUGAUGUGUUUUUGUAAGAGGUGUUGACAAA